AUGGCAACAGCUCUGCCAACAUUCCCUUCCUUCGAUCCCAACGCGGACCAGGGAGCACCCGGCGUCAGAUUUAAGAAAUACAUCGCUCGUUUUCGAAAUUUGAUAGUCGCUACAGACAUCGAUGAUCCCAAGCGUCAAAAGGCGCUCCUAUUACACUACAUCGGUGAAGAAGUCAAUGAUAUCUUUGAAACACUCACAGUCAGUGAACCGGCUGAAGAAGAAACAGUUCUAGACGUCACAAUUAAAGCACUAUCUGAAUACUUUACACCAAAGCAAAACCCUGUAUUCGAAGAAUAUAAAUUUCGCAACGCCAAACAAACCCACGACGAAGCUCUUAUGACGUACUAUACACGACUCAAACAACUUUCCCUCACCUGUGAAUUUCACGAUGCCGAUCGCGAAAUCAAAUCUCAGAUCAUCCAACACGGCCGCUCGCAACGACUUCGACGAAAAGCUUUAAUCGAUCCAACUAUAACCCUGGCAAAACUUCUAGAAAUGGGUAAAGCGGCGGAGCUAGCCGACUCGCAAGCAGCGAACUUAGAACGAACAGAGAACGUCAGCCAUUUCACAACCGGAAGUAGCAAAAACCACAACAAAGCACGCCUCCAAUCCCGGAGCCCCGGUACCAGGGUGAAAUGUCGUAAUUGUGGAGGCACAUACCCGCAUGAAGGCGGUAAAACUGCUUGCCCAGCAUACGGAAAAGAAUGUCGCUCCUGUGGAAAACUUAACCACUUUCAGUCCGUAUGUCUCCAAGACAGACAACGUUCAAACCCCACCAAACCACGUCAGCGACGCUAUCCGCAAACAGCCGAACGACAGGACGUCCGAGCGAUGGACAACACCGCAGAAACUGACUACAGCGAUGACAGCGACGAAGUUGGCGUGUUCCGAAUCAACGUCAACAACAUGACUUCGGAUCGCAACAAACACCCAUUAUUUGACGUCACCAUCGAGGGAACACUGCUGACCAUAAUGGCAGACUCUGGUUCCAGUAUCAACAUUCUGGAUGAGCAAGAUUACAACAAGCUCUCCCCACGACCGAGCUUGGAGCAAACACGCAUCAAAGUUUAUCCUUACCAGACCGAGACACCCCUACCCGUCCUUGGGCAAUUUACCUCCACCGUCGCAUCGGAAACAGUCAACCGUACAGAGACCUUCUAUGUUGUGAAAGGAACCAGUGGGUCAUUGCUUAGCUGGCGCACUUCUACCGACCUGCAGCUACUCAAAGUCGUAAAGCCCAUUACAUAUCAAAACCUUCCCACCGUUGAACAGCUCACCACCCAAUACCAGGACUUGUUCCAAGGACUCGGCAAGUUGAAAGAUUACCAGGUUCAGCUUCAUAUUGACGAAGGUGUACCACCAGUUGCCCAACCACACCGCCGUGUGCCGUUCCAUGUGCCCAAACAACAUGAGGAACAGCUAAGUCAGGACGAAAAACUGGGUGUAAUCGAACGGCGUGGAGGGCCCAACCCCCUGGGUAUCGCCUAUUGUUGUGGCACCAAAGCCCAAGUCACCCGGAAAGGUCCGUGUAUGCGUUGACAUGCGUCGUGGAAACACAGCAGUCCAGCGUGAACGCCACAUCACACCAACGAUCAAGGAAAUCAUCGCCGAUUUGAAUGGUGCAAAUGUCUUUAGCAAACUCGACCUCAACCAGGGUUACAACCAACUAGAACUAGCCCCGGAAUCCAGGUACAUUACUACUUUCAGCACCCAACUUGGUCUCAUGCGCUACAAGCGACUCAACUUUGGAAUAUCUAGUGCCGCCGAAAUCUUUCUGAACGCCAUCCGCGAGAGUCUUGACUUCAUCCCGGGCGCAAUUAACAUCAGCGACGACAUACUCGUUUUUGGCAAGACCCAGAAGGAGCAUGAUCAAGCACUCGCAGCAGUGUUUCAGCGGCUUCGAGAACGCGGGCUGACCUUGAACAAACUCAAGUGCGAGUACAGCAAGAACAGCCUUGAGUUCUUCGGGUACGUUUUUGGUGCAGAUGGCAAUGGCCCCCGAUCCAAAGAAAGUCCAAGAUAUCCUAAACCUCAAAGCCCCAACGUCAGUCACAGAAGUCCGUAG